AUGAGGUACUCUUAUCUGAUUGCAUCAACAAGCUCUAAGGCUUAUUGUCGUCCUCUGGUCAUAAUCACUUUCGUGUUAAUCUUGAACGGAGUGUUUAUCUCUGCGGCACAACAACUCAAUGGCUUAAACAAGCUUUACAUUGUGCACUUGGGAGCAAAGCAACAUGAUACCCCUGAGCUGGUUACUAAAUCACAUUACCAAAUUCUAGAACCAAUUCUUGGAAGCAAAGAAGCUGUCCAUAAAUCUAUAGUAUACAGUUAUAGGCAUGGUUUUUCAGGGUUCGCAGCGAAACUUACAGCUUCCCAAGCAAAGAACCUUUCAGCGCUUCCUGAGGUUCUUUGUGUUCUACCAAGUCGAGUGUUGGAGUUAAAAACAACGCGGACAUUUGAUUACCUCGGACUUUCGCCUAGUUCUCCAAAAGGUCUUUUACAUGAUACCCGCUUAGGUAGUGAAGCUAUCAUUGGCGUAAUAGACUCAGGGAUAUGGCCAGAGUCGAAGUCAUUCAACGACACAGGUCUAGGACCGAUCCCCACACGUUGGAAAGGAACAUGUGAGUCUGGAGAUAAAUUUGACGCCAAAGUACAUUGCAACAAAAAGCUUAUAGGGGCUAAGUUCUUCGUUGACGGUCUUAAUGACAUGACGAACGGGGAAUACGAUUUCAAUUCGGAAGGUGAGGUUAGGUCCCCUAGAGAUAAUUCUUUAGGCCACGGGACACACGUAGCUGCAAUCGCUGCUGGUUCUUUAGUGGCGAAUGCGGACCACUAUGGACUUGGUGGAGGACUCGCGAGAGGCGCGGCUCCUCAUGCACGUAUAGCUGUUUACAAGGCGUGCUGGGGCCAUGUUGGAUGUAUAACACCUGAUGUACUCAAAGCUAUUGAUCAUAGCAUACGUGACGGGGUCGAUGUUAUAUCGAUUUCGAUUGGGACUGAGGCGCCCGCGAGUUUUGAUGUUGAUCAGAACGAUAUAGCAUAUGGUUCUUUUCAAGCCGUGAUGAAAGGCAUUCCCGUUGUUUGUUCAGCUGGAAACGAAGGACCUAACGCUCAAACUGUUGAUAAUGUUGCUCCAUGGAUUAUAACCGUUGCUGCGACAUCCAUGGACCGUUCUUUCCCAAUACCAAUCACUCUUGGAAACAAUCUAACUAUUCUUGGUGAAGGUUUAAACACAUUACCAGAAGUUGGAUUUUUUAAUCUUGUACUAUCAGAUGAAAUGAUGGACUCCUCUAUCGAGGAAGGCCAAACCAAAGAUAAAAUCGUGCUUGCGUUUACGCCAAACGAUAACUCGAUAAAAAAGGCGAGAAGUAUAUUGAUUGCUGGAUGUGCUGGGAUGAUCUUUGCACAAUCUGUAGUUGAUAUUUCGGUUUGUAAUAGCGUGAACGUUCCUUGCGCGGUGGUAGAUUACGAAUUCGGAACUGAUAUCCUAUACUAUAUCCAAACCACCGAUGUGCCCAUAGCUAAAAUAAGUACUUCUAAGACACUUAUAGGCCGGCCUAUUGCAUCUAGAGUGGCUCGUUUCUCUUGUAGAGGACCUAAUUCAGUUUCUCCAGCAAUUCUCAAGCCAGAUAUAGCAGCGCCUGGUGUUAACAUUCUUUCUGCAAUAUCUGGUGGGUAUCAAAUCAUGUCGGGAACGUCAAUGGCGACACCUGUUGUGUCCGGAAUUGUUGGUCUACUUAGACAAAUCCGUCCUCAAUGGUCUCCUGCUGCAAUCAGAUCUGCUCUUGUCACAACGGCAUGGAGGACCGACCCAUUUGGAGAGCCUAUAUUUUCAGAGGGAUCAACACGUAAAAUUGCUGACCCGUUUGACUAUGGAGGAGGUCUGAUCAACCCAGAGAAAGUAGCAGACCCAGGGCUUGUCUACGACUUGGGCUUGGACGACUAUGUUCAUUAUUUGUGUUCUUCGGAUUACGAUGAGACAUCCAUUUCUAAACUAGUUGGCAAACCUCAAAAAUGCCCUUUGCCAACGCCAUCCAUGCUCGAUUUCAACAUGCCUUCCAUCACAAUCCCAAGUCUCACUGGAGAGGUCACUGUGACUAGAACCGUGACGAAUGUUGGACCGGCCGGUUCGGUUUACAGACCUGUGGUUGAGCCUCCUUUUGGCAUAGAGGUUGAGGUCAAUCCCAAGACUCUUGUGUUCGGUACCAACACCACAAAGAAUACGUUUAGUGUGAGAGUGAAAACGAAUCAUAAAGUGAACAGUGAUUUUUAUUUUGGGAGCUUGUGUUGGACCGAUGGAGUUCACAACGUCACUAUCCCUGUUUCUGUGAGAACAAAGAUCUUGAGGAAUUAUGUUUCUUGA